AUGUCAGUUCAUCCAUCGAGUCACGGAGCUAAAACCCGCAAAUGGGAAUCGGAUAACGCGGCGCUCCACCGGGAUCAGAUGUUCCCCGAGCCGUCGAUACACGAGAGGCAUACGGGAGGAAAUACUCGGAUUUAUUGCGUUCCUCCGGCUCAAAGGAGAAUGGCCAGCACCCGGAGGUCCGUAUGGUCCGAAGGUGAGCGGAUCUCGAUGAGCUCGGCUCAGCUUCACCACUCGCUUCUCCAACGAGGGAACUCCCUCUAUCCCCGACGGGUGUCUACCUUCCCGCUGUUCGACCGCGCCGCUAGAGCUUCAUGGUGGAACCCGCGCUUCGAUUCCAAGGUCCUCGAGGAGCAGUUCCGGCAGACUUCCUUCAGCCAAACCGAACAACAUUUCUGUUACGCUCUACUUUAUGUCAUCCUGAGUGCGCUCGUGUACGCGCUGUACGUGUCCGUGGCCGGCUACGUCACGUGGCCCUACGUGUCGAUGGGCUGCCUUUUACUAGCGCUCAUUUCUCUGAGUUUCCUGACAUUCACCGUAGCCAGGCCGCAGCUCUACAAGCAGUACGCGGCCGGAUUGGCUAUGGCGACGUUAUUCCUCGUAGCGGGGUUCUCCUUGGCACCUUUCUUCCUCCCACCCGGAGAAUACGAGAUAGAAGAGAGCCACUCGUUCUCAGUCGGUUUUUUCUCCACCUGUCUCUCGUUCAUCAUGCUGUCGUACACACUCGUCGGGCCGCUUCCCCUUUUCGUUAUAUGUAUAUUCUGCGCUCUAUAUUCGACGGUGUUUGAGGUUUUGUCGUGGUACGUCUUGAACCACGUGAACACAGCAACGAUCCUUUCUGUCAGGGUUCUCCUACAGCUGUCUACGCACAUUCUCGGCAUUAAAAUCCGACUCUUGGCGGAAACGUCGAUGAGGAAUACGUUUUAUAAAGUAGGCGAGUCACUUCUCGUGCGACGCGAGCUUGAACUGGAGAAGCAGCUAAAAGAAAAGAUGAUCCACUCCGUCAUGCCACCGUCUGUGGCCCAGUGGUUGAUGAGCAACACGGCAGAGGAAGGCAACGAUGACGACGAUGACGAGCGAGUAAAUAUCGAGCCAACUCAACAGCUCCAGCCCCGCUCAUCCAACCAGAUGACCUUUCGUCCCUUCAACAUGCACCGUAUGGAGAACGUCUCGAUUUUAUUCGCUGACAUCGUCGGCUUCACUAAGAUGUCCAGCAACAAAACCGCUCACCAGUUGGUGGGUCUGCUGAACGACCUGUUCGGUCGCUUCGACUUCCUCUGCCAGAAGAAUGGAUGCGAAAAGAUCUCCACUCUCGGAGACUGCUAUUACUGCGUGGCCGGAUGUCCCGAGCCUCGGCCGGAUCACGCUAAAUGCUGCGUGGAAAUGGGCCUUGCGAUGAUCAAAGCCAUCGCCGAAUUCGACGAAGAUACCAACGAAAACGUCAACAUGCGAGUCGGUGUCCACACCGGCACCGUGCUGUGCGGUAUCGUGGGAACGAAGCGUUUCAAGUUCGACGUAUGGUCGAACGACGUAAAAUACGCGAAUCGAAUGGAGAGCACCGGUCGCCCCGGCAAAGUUCACAUUUCGGAGGACACCCACGCCUUUCUGGUGGAUCAGUAUCACAUGGAGGAGGCUUCAGUCGACGGAGACAAACGGACGUUUUUUAUCAGAGGACGCAAGAUGGCUGGCGCCAGACACUCGUGGCCGCGCUUCUCGACACCUACCCUGGCUCAUAUCGGUCAGCAGUUGUCCGUCGACGGCGCCAAUCCCAACCAGGAAUGAGACGGCUCCCACCCUCCCGGGUCCAACGCCCAUGCAAGCUCCACAAGGAAGGCGAGCUGUCCUCCGCUGAGCGAAGAGGUGGAUUCCGAGGAAGAAGACGACUGGAUGGGAGACGAGGUUGUCGUGCAGCCAACAAUGGCGCCACAGAAUCAUCCACAGCCUCCUCGACGACACUCCUCAUUGUCAACGCUCUAUUCUCGAAAAGAUUCCGGGAUCGUAACCGCUCGGAGCAGCAUUCAACUCGAAUCGUCCGUCGUCGAGUGCAGCAUCGAUCGACGAGGUCGGACGUCGACUUCGACAGGAAGGAGCUCAGGAGUUUCCUCGAUGAGAGGCUACUCAAUUUUCGGCGACGACACUGGAAUUUCAUUUCGACUUCAGCUGCGGAAGCAGAGUGACCUACAGAUGAUCAGAUGUAUUCAGCAGGACUGCGCAGAUGCGGAGCUCUUUGUGAGACCGCCCGUACACAAGCUCUCGCUUUUCUUCAAGGACAAACAAAUUGAGCAGGGUUAUAGGGACCGUCUCCUUUGCCGCGAGCUCACGCCUACAUUAGCAUCGCCCACAUUUACUGUAUAUCUCUGUGCAACUGUCGCCCUCAUCUUCUACUUUGUUGCUCUGCUGACCUGUUUCAUGCUCUUCCCGAUGCCAAGCGCGGUUUUCCUCAGUUUCUGUUUCGUUGCCUCGUGCGCUCACAUAGCGAUGGGCAUGGUGUGCCUGCGGGAAAUCUUCGUCACAAGGGGCAAUUGGCAGAGCAACGACUGUUUCACUAUGGCCUUCCGGUACCUGAUGAAGUGGACGCCGCUUCACGUGGUUGGUCUGUUCCUGCUUUGUGUGCCGGUUUUGGCGGUUUACACAAAUUUCGCGUGUGACGCUGUUUUCAAUAGUUGGCAAUCCGCAGACGGUUUCUGUUUGCUGGCCUUCGCAUUUCUGCUGCAUUUCACCAAUUUCUCACAAGUCAACUUCUGGCUGAGGUCGUUGUUCGCUACCGUGGCUGGAUUCUCUCUAGUUCUCUUCAUCGGCGGCAUCUUCUGCGACAGCAGCACAUGCACAGCGGGCUCACGACGAGCGUAUCUUUGUCGUGAAUCCAAUACAAUCGUUUGGAACAUUUUCGUCCAUGUCUUGCUGACAGCUGUGCUCGUUUGGCUUCUCAACCGGGAAUUCGAAACCAGUUUGCGACUCAGCUUCCAUGGCGGCUGGCUGGCAUCGCAGGAUCAAAGGAGAAUGCAGGUUCUCAAGCGACAGGCCGAUUGGCUGUUGCAUAAUAUCAUACCGCGGCACGUCGUCGAGCUGCUCAAGAACACUUCGCGUUAUUCGGAGAACCACCGCGAGGCUGGGAUCCUAUUUGCCUCAAUUGUGAAUUUCCAUGAGCUCUACGACGAGAGCUACGAAGGCGGGAAGGAAUGUCUACGAGUUCUCAAUGAGCUCGUCGGAGAUUUCGACGAGCUGCUCAGCAAACCUCAGUUCCGUAACGUGACGAAAAUCAAAACUAUCGGAGCGACGUUCAUGGCCGCGUCGGGUCUGAACCCCAAACUACGGAGGGAGAACCCGCAUCCGUUCACCCAUCUGUACGAACUCAUCGAUUUCGCCCUGGCUAUGCAAAAAGUCAUCGAAGACUUCAAUUCGAAUCUCCUGGAAUUCAAGUUCAUCAUGCGGAUCGGUUACGCCCACGGAGACAUCACUGCAGGAGUAAUCGGAACAACCAAGCUGUACUACGACAUUUGGGGCGAUGCCGUCAAUACCGCCUCACGGAUGGACUCCUACGGUGUGCCCGGUAGAACUCAGGUCCCAGAGCACUGUCUCCCAGUGUUGGAGGAAAUGUACACAUUCGAACCGAGGGGCUCUAUGUACAUUAAGGGCAAGGACCACAUGAACGUCUACCUUCUGAAUCGGAAGAAAGACAAACAGUUGCAUAAGAUUCCUUUCAAAAGACAGGGGACCUCCAUAAACCAAUCGUGAAUCCCCCU